AUGGUUCAAGAGUGGUCGUCGCGGGACCAUCACCCGCGGCACUUCACGUGCCAACCUCCGACUCGAUAUCAACCUGAUAUCAUGGACCACAGGCGCUUCUAUGAGUCCCAAGAAUCUGUCCGACACCAACCACCCAUGGCCAUCGACACUGCGCUUCGCUCCCACUGCGGUAUCUGGGCUAAGCAGUACUUCGUGGCCGUGGUCAUGGAUGAUGGUACGCCGGCCACAUUCUUUAGCCCAGGGCAGAAGUUGCAGGACAGUGUUGUACGUCAAUUUUUUGAUAUCAAGAAGUUUCAGCAAGUGGUAUCCUCGCUCGAUACAGAUCAAGCAACGAGUCACCCCCCUAGCUCUGAAGGGUCCAUGUAUUUCAGACCACCUUAUCACCAUAGGCACCACACAAGUGAUCGAAUCCGUUCGCAACAUGAUGAUGACGGCGAUGAAGGAGGUGGCUAUCCAGGACGACCGGGUCGGAAGCGCCCAAGAUCACGCCACAACAUGGAGUACGAGGAAAUGCCCAUGCCUAUCAUGUCCAGGAGGGGAAUCCGGGUUAGUGACUCGAGGGCCCUGUGGGGAUUUUACGAUCAGCGUUUCAAGAGCUGCCAACAGUCCGCCUGCAAGUUGAUUGCGAAAGCUUGGGUCAAAGCUGUCGAACCCAAGAAGCAAUCUACCCAUCCAUACACCGGUAGUGAUGCAAAAGCUCCUGACUGGUGGCCGAAGCCCUGGGGAGACACCAAGGAAGACAGGGUGAGGCACAAAGAACCCGACCAUCUUUACAAAAGAGAACGAGUUCACCUUCUCAAUCAUAUCCUCGCUAUCAUAGUGGAGCCGACCGCGAAGCAACACCCUGACAUCCGGAAACUUCAACUCAAUGUCAAGAAGCUAGAAGAUUGUACCAGCGAGGCUCUCUCUGGUUUCUUCAGCGAAAACCCCCAAAAUUCUGGCAAAAAGCGAUUUCUUAAUGAGAUUUUCAAGGUGGCAAAGCAGCAGGAGAGGUAUAAUAAUGGAGAAAUCGACGGUGCUACCGAGGUCUACGUCCUGAACGACGACAGAAUUUCAGAGACUCAGACACCAGAACAGGAGGAAGGUCCAGCUACCCGUGACCACGAGGAGCAGACUACAUCGCCUUCAACUCGGUCGACUACCCAAGGCUUUCAUCAAACCUCUCCCGCUGGACACAGCCCUACUACGGCAUCUCAAACAAGCUCGUUCAUGAAUGAUCUUCCUAUGCGUAAUACCCAGAACCCACCACCACCUCCAUCGAUGUCGAGCGAUCUAACAGCACACCACGGCUUCGUUGAAGAAGGCCUACCGGUCAAUGGACCGACACCUGCCCAUCAUCCGAACACAAAUAUUGGCGUCGACAUGAUACCCAAUAGCAACGCCAAUGACUCGAGUCGUCGAUCCUCAGUGUUUGGGGAGUACAACCAUGUCGGCAAUGGCAUGUAUACACAGCAAUGGCAAACUGGAAGUGGACCAUCCAACCCUCAAGCUGUUUAUCCUCACAAACAGAGCGGUCCGUCAGGAUCAUAUGUCACUGCGGUUCCUGCCACGCCUCCCCAAUCCUACAUGGGGGGCUCCUUUGUUGAUACGAUGACACGGCAAGGAUAUGACCAAACCCACAGUCAGGUGUACCGCUCUGGGGACGUACCUUCAGGGCAGAUUGGGCAGCAACAGACAUACAACUACAUACCCAAUGAUAAUCGAGGGCUUCAAGUACUUCCAGGUGUUUCCGAGGUAAUGGACUCGGUGCCACGAGGCCACUUCAAAGACGAAAUGAUUUGA